AUGUUAAUUGGAGCAAUUAAAUUGAAGGAUGGUUUAUUCAUAGGAGACGAAUUAGCCUCUAAAGUAUAAUAUCAUUAUAACAUAAAAGGAUCUUGAAUUUGUCAUCCAGAACAAAGUAACUCGAAUCAUUAACUGUGCAGCCAAACAAUUACCAUGCGUAUUCGAAAACUACGGUGUUAUCUAUCUUAAAUUUAAUUGGCUAGAGAAUGAACAAGUACAUCCUAUAUAUCAUGAAUAAGUAAAUACUUUUUCCAAAUGAUACUGCUAAUGAAAUCUAUCAAUUUAUUGAAUAAGCACAUAACAAUGGAGAAUCAGUUCUGGUUCACUCAGUGAGAGGUCAAUCUCGUUCUUGUUGUGCACUUACUGCCUACUUUAUGAGAAAAUAUAAAUGGAAACUAUAUAAGACUUUGGAGUUUCUCAACUCUAGAAGGCCAGAUCUUGAAAUUAGGGCUAAUUUCUACCAUUAAUUAUCCUAAUUGGAAUCCAAAUUAAGUAAGAAGGGGCAAGGAGGUCUAUCCAGUUCGUGGUAACCUAAUGAAGAGCAGGAUCUACCACUAGAAGAGGAUGAACUACUUCUCAGGAAUACAUUUAUGAAUGCUAAGUCUAGUCCAGCUGAUUCUUGCUGGUUAGAUAGAAGAAUAUUCAACUAAUAUCUCAAUGAAAAUAGAAUUAGAGCUAUCUCUUGGGCAGAUGAAUCUGUAGCUAAAAAAUCAUUUAAAAAAAUGAAAUAGACAAAUCCAAAACAUGCUGUUAAAUUAAAUAGUCAAAAUAAUAUUGAUGGAAAUAUCUAUCAUGUUACAGUUAAUAAUUAUGUCACUCUAAAAGAAGAACUUGAAAAAUGUAAUUCCAUUCUGAAUUCCAGGGAAAACCAUUAGUUAACCAAACCAAGUAAUAGUCUUAUCAAACGACAAUAAAAUGAUAGUCUAAAAAAACAUUAAGAACAGAAACUGAAAUAAUCAGGAAAAUCUCAAUCUCUGAAGUAACAAAAAAGAGAUCCUACAGACAGACCUCGAUCUGCAUAUGUGUACAAAUACUCUCUAUUCUAGAUAGCCUGAAAUUCAACCUCCGAUAAAUAUACCAAAACCAAUGCCCUUUCCAUAUCGUCAAUUCUCACCUGUUGUAAAAGGUAGUUUCAUUAUUCUAUUUCUCAGGUAACAAUGCUCCUAAAUUGACCUAAUUAAUUCAAACAAACAAAACCAAAGGAUUUAGACACCCCUCCCCUGGAUAAUUGAAAACUGAUGAGACUUUCAUACAAUCAAUCAUCAACAGUAAACCUGUAUGGAAGUGA